AUGGCGAGGCCAAAGGCUCUGAUCCUGAUUCAAGAGCGCGCUGAAAUUAAUAAGUCUUCAGAGACAGUCGUUUCGGACUCGGACUUUGCUCCCGACAAAGACGAAUGGCAGCAUAUGCUUGACACGGAGGAUUACAACGAGGAGGAGGCUGUCAGGCACGCUAUCCAACAGAGUCUUCAAGACCACAACAGAACACCAGUAUUUGGACAAGGAGACAACAGCGGCAGCAGCAACAGUGGAAGUACCAGCAACACCACCCAACAAGCCCCCAAUAGCACCAGAAAGUCUACCUCUCGAGCACCCCCGUCAACUCAGUCAACAAGCGUCAAAAGCGGAGUGGGCAAAAUUAGUGGCAAAAAGGGUCAAAUGCUGAUUGACCCGUGGCUGUCAGUCGAUGUCUCAGGCACAGACGAAGACAAGAAUCAACCUCCUUACUCAAACGCCACUCCCCAGCCCUUCCCCAACCGCCGCCAAAUGAAUGAGAGCUCGCGGCGGACCUCGCUGGGACGGUCAAAAUACGAAAACGAGCCAAUGGUGCUGUUGUCGACAACCUCUAUGACUCCUCUCCGUGACGCUACUCCUGCCCCCAGAUUCGCUCCGCCCAGGCGGCAACCCGACGUCAUUGAAGUCAUUGGGUCCGAUAAUGAUGAGCCUGAGAUCGAAGUAACUCAGGUGAUCAGGCCCCCCAAGUCUAGACGACUCAGUGCACGCCACAACAAGGACAAGGGCAAAGGAAUGGAUAGGCCUGCACGCGCAAGUUCUGUUCGCUCGGUCAAUGUCAUUUCCAGCAGCGAGGACGAAUCACAUCACAUACCGAUAUCUCCCAAUAGAGGUAGGGGAGUCACCAUCGCAAGUACAAGUGAUGAGGACCAGGAUGAACUCUCGCGCGACACAGGAAAGAACGCAUUGAGACUCGAUACCCACAUGAGACAUUUGCCCCGCCACACCAUCUCAGAUGACAGUAUAUCCGUAUCUCCCUCAGCAGAGGAUGUCCAUGACAUGUCUCCCCAGCCUGGAUCAACCAACAAGAUGCCCUGGUCGAUUGCCGAAGGUGCCGAGCGGGACAUUGUCCUGUCGACGCCCACAUCAAAGCAAAGGACGCGGCACUACAACAUGGUGCUGGAUUCUGAGGAUGAAGUAUCGGACGAUCAAGAUGACCCGCUUAUCAAAUGGUCUGAGAAGAGGAGACAGCGGUCAGCAAGCGCCAAACACCUGAGGCUCCCAAAGAUCAACUCUAUUUUGACAGAUACUGAGGAGGUCUCAGCACUACUCGAUUUGGUGUCCGACUCUGAGAAGGAACAGGAUAUGCUGAAACCUGCGCUUGCUGCCCCGAUGGAACCAACACACUAUGAUGGCGACCUUGCUGCUGCCCAACAACCUCCACGAGAAGAGGUCGAUCCGGAGAUGGACAAGGUUCUUGCUACCGUCAUGUCUCAGGAUUGCUUUGAUCUCUCUACCUCAACUCCAGCUUUUGACGUUAUGAGCGACAACCCGGAUGACUCGACUAGCAUCCAACUUACAAAACCUCGUCCAUUGGUACUGGGCGAACUGUCGCAGCCAAAGGAGAGUCCGCAGCAUGUGCAGGAGGGGCAUCAGAAAUUACGAGAGACGUUGAUGUUCACGGACGAUAUUGAGGAGUGUUCCCCGUCACCUCCGCCUGGGACACGACGAGGCAGGAUUGCGAAGAACCCAUUCUCCAACUAUGCGAUCUUUGAUCAGGUCAAGAAGAAGUCCCCUGCCGGAUCGGACAAGAAACCGCCCGAGGACGAUAUGCGACUGUUGCAGAAAGCGGGCGAGGUGUUUGCUGGGAAGAGAUCGCGGAGCGAUGCCUUGGAUUUUGGCGAGAAUGCAGACAACGCGGAAGAGGAGGAAGAAGAGCUGGAUGACCCACGGGCGAGACGGCGGUCAGGACAAUACGGCCUUCGAUCACCCUCCAAGAAGACUCGACUCUCAGAGAUUAUACCCAACAAGGCGGUGAUGGAGUCUGUCCUGAAGCAAGCAGCUGCCCAUGCUCGUCAGCAGGAACGGGCAGCGCGUACAACACCCAACCCCCCGACAAGGACAGAGACUGUCGAAUCCAUCUCAGUCUUCUCGGACUCUCAGCCAACUCAGACGACCCAGUCAAGUCUUGCCCGUGUGAAGUCCCAAGUCGACGAUCUUGAAGAGAUUUCUGACGACGCAUGGACGCAGCAGGCAACCAAGGGCCGCCAUCAGCGUCCAGGUGGGUUUCGCGUCAUGGGUUCCCUUAAUCUGGUUCCGCGCCCUGCACCCGCCGCUACCAACAUCAAUAACCAACCCAUCAAAGCAGCAGUGGACAGUCCACCCUCACCACCGCUCCCAGCCCAGCAUCAAGGGGAAGAAGUCAUGGAGGAGAUGUUGGACGGAUACAUGUCGCCGACGCUCUCGCAGAACAUGCUGGAGAUCUGCCCCAUUUGUCAACAAAAGAUCCCUGCCGACGAGAUGAUGGCACACGUCGAUCAGGAACUGCUCGCCCACGACCAGCAAGAGGAAGAAGCAAGGCGGAGACAGGAUGAGGCUUUGGCUCGGGAGUUGACAGAAACCGGGGAGGCAACACGAGUGUGGGAGACGAUACCGAGUGAAGAUGAGACAGAUGUUUGGGAGAUUGCGCCAGGCCAGGGAGCAGCACAAGGCUGGGAGGCAUCGCAGGCCUUCCGUACUCAAAGCGAUGUGGUCGCUCUGGACUCUCUAUCAGGCGGUGGUCAAUUGACCCAGACACCACCAAAGCCCCAUCUCGACCGACACAAACGAGCCGUCGAAAAAUCCAGCAGCUCUCGGAACAAUGCUGUAUCUCUGGAAACACCGACACGUAAAGUGGGCCAUCUGUCGCUUGAGUCGCCCGCCUCCGCGUUGAAGCGACCAGGCCAGGGCUAUCCACGCGACGACAGCUUUUCUGACGCGUUUUCAGGAGCCGCUGAGGACCGUUCAUUUAUCAUUGAGGACGAUGAUGUCUCCAACACGUACGACCUCUCUGGAAUGGACAGCACGUCUAGUCAAAGCGCGUUUUACAUCCAGCCAGGCCAGAAACUGCGGGACGACAGCUCAUCCGAAGCUUACAUCUCGAUACGAUCCAACACUCGAAAGACCGCCACAGGAGCCUCAUCGCGAACGCCAACCAAGAAAACAAGACGUGAGAAAGCGCCAUCGCCAACCGUCAUCCCCGCUGGGCGCCCGGUUGUGAAUGAACAACCUACGGACGAUGACCUGGACGACCUUUUACUUCAACCAGAGCCGGCAUCGAUGCUGAACCGAUCAUUCAGGACCAAGCACAAGGCGGCGGAAACCAUUGCGACAGGCAAGAGUCCGUUUAGGCGCAAGUCUCUCACCAAACCAGCAGGCUCAUCAAGUAAAAAGACGGCGAGAGAACCUAUCAACCUUGAUGAUUCCGAGGACGACGACAUCAUUGUGGAGUCCAAGCCGGUCACAAAAACGCUCAGAGGAUCCAAGGCCAGAUCCAGCGUCCUCGACAAUCUCCUUCCGGAAAGAGUCAGACAACAGCGUCAGGAACAAAUCAAGGAUGCACGACGUCGGCGCUCUGGUGGUCUUACGGAAGAAGUAGACGAUGAUGAGAUCGAGGUUGGGCGGAAGCAACCUAUCGCGGAGAAGCUGUGGAACCAGGAAGACGACCUCUUUGACUCGGAGCAGCUGGAUCGACGUCAAGUCAAAGGUGUUGGUCUCGGGGGAGUCAUUGGCGGGAUUGGCGCGGUUGCAGGAUCUCUGAAUGUCUCCAAGAUUACCAAGAAUGCCACUGAAGUCGCUUCUGCCGCAGCAGAAAAUGCCAGUCAAAGAGCGACCCCCUCUGCUUCGUCGAAGGGAAAGGCUGUUGACAGGAACGGUGGACACAACUACUUGGACUAUGACGACAGUCCUUUUGCCGGUCCAUCUUCAUUCGAGUACGACGACCCGAACUACGGACUGAAUAGCCAGGAUUUGUGGGAUGCUGUCGACCCUGAUCGUCGUAUGCGAGACGAGCGGGCUGCCGAAGAAGAUGGUGAGCAUGGUGAGGAGGAGGAUGAUGAACUACGCUUGUCCCCGUUGAACGACUUUGUGGAUCUGCGGAAACAUCAGGAUAACCCAGAGAUGGCUAUGUACUUUGCGCAAUUCGGCAUGGCUGACGGUGCUGAUUACCCGACUGGUGGCCGGGCAGGGGGUCGUGGACGCGGACGUGGACGAGGUCGAGGUCGCGGAAAGAAUGCCGCCUCGGCAGCUAGCAGAUCGUCAGGAGAAGGAAGCGGUGUGAGCUUUGGGCCAGGAAUUGGACGCAUGUCGACUACGAUGGGUGUCAACGGAGGAGCAGGACAAGCUGUUUUGACCGACCUUGGAAUUCAGUCUGGUCCGAACGGAACCAACAACAAUCUGUUUGGAGCUGAUGGGGCGCCGUUUGGAGCGCCAUCUGGAGGGUAUGCUUUGACAGCCAACGGAAGUAUGGCGGUUCGAAGCAAGCCCACCGAAAAGAGAACGAGCGGCGCUGCCAAAGGUGGUUGGAAGGGUCGUGGCGGCUGGCGAGGAUGGCGAAAAUCUGGUGGUGGUGGUGCACGAGGGCGUGGUCGUGGACGAGGUCGUGGCGCUUGA